CGUAAAUUGCCCGUGUCCAUGCUCUGCAGAAUGUCAAGUCCUCAGUGAGGCAGUCGAGUGCCUGACUGGAUCCAACAAUUUCCUGAGAGGUCAGUCGAAAGCCAGUCAUCCCCUACUUCUGGGGCUGAUCACAUUGUACUAAGAGGCCCCGGAGUCGGUACACGGAGGGCGAGGGGGAAGCUACCUUACCUUUAGUUGGCCGGAAGGGCAAGCCAGCGACUAUGGGUGCACGAGGACUCCAACUCGACGUUGCGUUGGAGGAGGAUUAUGGCAGCGAACCUGGAACUCCAACUCACAGCCAGGCUAUGUCGCCUGGAGACUCAUCCACACCCUGCACUCCGCAUUUGGAAGCAUUGGCUGGUCAUACAAACAAUUUUCAGCUUGACUCCUUCAAUCGAGCAGCCAGUGGAAAGGGCGGCAAGUUUGGCCGGCUCUUCAGUGGCAGGAAGUCCUCGCCAAAGACUCCCAACAAAGACUCCCCUGCCAAGAGCGACCCGCCCACCCCUUCUACACAGCCUAGCCUUUCCCUGGAUGACAUGCUCAUCUACCAGCCGGACUGCAUCCCCACCUCCCUGCUGAAGCUCAGCGCGGACAACGCGAGCCGGGCAGUGAAGAUGUUUGCCGGCGUCCAAAAGUACAUGGCAGAGAACGGAGGGGAGGUGCUGAGCGGCACCGCGCGCGCAGAGCUGGUGCAGAAGCUGCUGCACCAGGGAAUCAAGCGCCCAGAGCUCAAGGACGAGCUCUACAUGCAGCUGCUCAAGCAGUCGCGCGGCAACACCACUCCCUCCAAUGUGAAGGCCUGGGAGCUUUUCUUCCUGGUGGCCUCCACAAUGCCGCCCUCCAAGGAGUUUGUGGGCCUGGUCAGCGAGUACGUGCACACGGUCGCGCAUGGCGAGGCGGACGGAGAUGAGGAGGCGCAGAAACUGGCACGCCGCGCCUGGGGUGGCCUGAAGCGCUCUGCCAAGGCCGGCACACGCCGCACGCUGCCAAGUGUGGAGGAGAUUGAGGCGCUGCUGGGGGACCGCAAGCAGACAGCGAUUGUCUUCUUCCUUGAUGAGACCUUUGAGGAGCUGGAGUAUGACGCCACCACCACAGUGCUGGAGGCUGUUGAGUUCCUGGCCGGUGUCAUCAAGCUGCAGAACUACCAGACCUUCACCCUGUACGAGUGCAGAAAGGUGGUGAAGCCGGUUGAGCUGGGUGCUCCGUUGGCUGAUGAACACUACAUCAUGGACGACAACAAGUACAUCGCGGACAUCAUGGCAGACUUCAAGUCUGUCAAGACGCGCGACUACCAGUCCAAGAUCCUGUUCAAGAAGCGCAUGUUCCGCGAGACUGACGAGACCAUCACAGAGCCCCAGUUCAUCACGCUGUCCUAUGUCCAGGCCCAGCAUGACUACCUGGCAGGCAACUACCCGGUGGUAAGGGAGGAUGCGGCACAGAUGUGCGCGCUCCAGAUGCAGGCGGAGUGCGGCCCUGCCAUGCUGGACAACCCCGACGCCCUGGAGACCGCCAUAGAGCGGUUUGUGCACAAACAGGUCUUGAUGACGCGCCCACGUGAGGAGUGGAAGCAUGAUGUCGCGGGGCGCUAUAAGGCGCUGGAGAAAUUCUCCAAGGAGGAUGCCAGGCUGCAAUUCCUGCGCAUCCUGCGCUCUCUGCCCUAUGGAAACUCCAUCUUCUUCUCAGUCAAGAGGAUAGAGGACCCCAUUGGCCUCUUGCCUGCCAAGCUCAUUCUUGGCAUCAACAAGAGGGGUGUGCACUUCUUCAGGCCAGUGCCGAAGGAGUACCUCCACAGUGCCGAGCUCCGUGACAUCAUGCAGUUUGGCUCAUCCAGUCAGGCAGUCUUCUUCAAAAUGCGCGUAGCGGGAGUGCUGCACAUCUUCCAGUUUGACACGCGCCAGGGCGAGGACAUCUGCAUGGCGCUGCAGACGCACAUCAAUGACAUCAUGAUGAAGCGGUACUCUAAGGCCAAGGCAAUGGCGGGAGCGGAUGGGAAGGUGCAAAGCACCGGCGGCGCUGAGGCAGACCUGCCGCCCGCACACUUCGGCGCAAAGUAUGAGCAGCACGUGGGCGCUCUACAGAAGCAGCUGGAUGAGGCAAAGAAGACGAUUGAGGAGAUGAGGAAGGCGGAGAACGGGCACUCCUCGGACAAGGCACGGGUGCUGGAGGAGUUGGAGGAGGCCCGGGAGCGGCUGGACGCGGAGCGCGCGGCACAGCGACUGGCGUCUGAGCGCGUGGAGGCGACCACGCGCGAGGUGGAGCUUCUGCGCGCUGACCUGGCGGCCACCAAGCAGAACCUCGACAAGGCCGAGGCCGACAAGACCCGGGCUGUGGAGGCGGCGGUGUCUGCGGCGGUGGCGGAUGUGGAGGUGAGGACGCAGGAGGAGGUGGCGGCCGCCUCCGUGGCCAUGAAGGCCGCGGCAGAGGCGCAGCAGCUGCGCGAGCUUGAGGACAAGGCAAGAUCACCUAUGCUGGGGCACUUACCAGACAUGGAGGCGCAGAAGGAGGUGGAGCUGCUGGAGAAGAAGAUGCAGCGGCUGGAGGCGGCUCGCGCGGCGGAGAUCGCGCAGCUGACGGCCGAGCUGGAGAGCGCGCGCAACAGCGUCGUGGAGCAGCUCAGCGCCAAGGAUGCCAAGGUCAACGACCUCAUUGAGGAGCUGGGCAACACCCAGGCGCUGCUCUCCGAGAAGGAGGCCGCCCUCGAAGAGGUGGAGCAAGCCUCAAAUGAGCUGGAUGAGCUGAGGGAGAUGAAGGAGGAUGUGGAGAGGCGGGAGCGCGCGCAGGCCACCGUCAUCGAGAACCAGGCCAAGCGCCUAGACGAGCUCGAGACCCUCUAUAAGGAGGAGAGCAUCAUGCGGAAGAAGUUCUUCAACAUGAUGGAGGACAUGAAGGGCAAAAUCCGCGUGUACGCGCGCGUGCGGCCGAUGCUGAGCUUUGAGAAGGAGCGCGGCCAGAAGGUGGCACUCAACAUCCCCGACGAGCUCACCCUGGACCACAUCUGGAAGGAGAAGAAGCGCGAGUACCAGUUCGACGCCGUCUUCGAGCCCGUCGCCUCGCAGGAGAAGGUGUUUGAGGACACGCGGCACCUGGUGCAGUCGGCAGUAGACGGCUACAACGUGUGCAUCUUCGCGUACGGCCAGACCGGCUCCGGCAAGACGCACACCAUCUAUGGCACGGCCGACAUGCCGGGCCUGACCCCACGCGGCAUCCACGAGCUGUUCAACAUCCUGGACCGAGACAGCGGCAAGUACACCUUCAGCGUCUCCUGCUACAUGCUCGAGCUCUACCAGGACGACCUCGCCGACCUGCUGCUGCCCGUCCCCAAGCAGCCAGCACCAACGCGCGGCCAGUCAGGGGGCUUUGGGUCGGCCGCGGUGCGCGCGCCCAAGCUGGAGAUCAAGAAGGACACCAAGGGCAUGGUGAGCGUGCCGGGCGCCACCAUGAUUGAGGUCACCUCUGCCAAGGAGCUCCUGGCCACCAUCGAGAAGGGGCAGCAGCGCCGCCACGUGUCAUCUACCCAGAUGAACCGCGAGUCAUCGCGCUCGCACCUGGUCAUGUCAGUGAUCAUCGAGGCCACCAACUUGCAGACCCAGAAUGUGACCAAGGGCAAGCUGUCCUUCGUCGACCUGGCCGGCUCUGAGAGGGUGAAGAAGAGCGGGUCCACAGGCGAGCAGCUGAAGGAGGCGCAGGCGAUCAACAAGAGCCUGAGCGCGCUGGGCGACGUGAUCAGCGCGCUGGCCACGGAGCAGCCGCACAUCCCCUACCGCAACCACAAGCUCACCAUGCUCAUGAGCGACUCCCUGGGCGGCUCCGCCAAGACCCUUAUGUUCGUCAAUGUGUCCCCCACCGACACCAACCUCGACGAGACCCAGAACUCGCUGGCGUACGCGACGCGUGUGCGCACGAUCAAGAACGAGGUGACCAAGAACGAGGCGAACAAGGAGAUGCUCAAGGUCAGGAAGCAGCUGGAGUACUGGAAGGAGCAGGCCGGCCUCUCGCCCGAGCAGCGCGCGUUCGUGGACCUCGAGGACAUCACCGAUGAGCGCCACCAGGCUGACCAGGAGUGAUCUCAUAUGAGCAGCAAACGGCCAGACCCGGUGUGAGCCACAGCCGCAUGCGCACUUACCCGCCGUUGCCAUAGCCGAUGGGCCAUUACUGGACGGUGCACCCUGCAGCAGCGAGCUGGAAGAGCAUUUGGCUGGACAGAGUGGGGAGGGGCAGGCAUCAGAAGGCCUCUCUCUGCCUGGGGAUUCUAGUAGCAAGGGAGAUUGGUGGAGACCGCAUCGGGCCACCACGAUGGGUGCCAGCUUGCGGGGCAGAAUGUAAUGCCUGCACUCGCUCAAAUAAGGAAUAAUGAUGGAGUGAUGAGCAAGAUUAAGAUGGUGGAAUGAGUUCUCCUCGUGGGGGGUUCGUGUCAAGUGCUGUCGCAGUUGGCAUUAGCAAUCCUUCUUACUGCAAUGGAUCACAUGCUGAGGACUCCAAAGUCGCACGGAGACUGAGAGUUCUGAAACUUUCAGGCCGCUGAAAGGCAUGUCACGGCCUGUCCAUUUUUGUGUUUCUGCUAGUCAAAUCACUGUGCAUCUAAAUUUCGGCUUUCAUUGUUCUUUUCGUACAGCAUCAGACGCUCAAAUUCUGAUGCUUGUUUCUUAGUUUUGCUGUACGUACAUAUGUGAGCCAGCUCAGUCAACAAUCAGAUUAUCGUGAUACCGCCCAUCAUGGGACAAAACGCCAAGCGUAGAUGUAAUAUAUAUCCACCACUUA